AUGAGACUGCGAGAUGAUGAAUUACUCAAAGACAUGGAAAGGAUCUCUGAAUUAAUCCAAAAAUAUUUGGGCUUCCCUGAUUCAGAUUAUACUUUGUCAAAAUACGUACAAAACCUAUACAAAGAGUCACUUUCAAAUUAUGAUGUGGAUCCAUUACAGCUGUUUGAGGACUCCGUGAAAAAAAAUGGCGGCAGUGAUUUUCCUUCUGUAUUUAUCCAAAAGUGUUUCCUGAUCUUACAUUCUAAUGUAAAGAGUGAAGAUAACCUGGAACAGAUCAAGAAAGAGGAGAUAGAUGAUUUUCAAAUUCUAUCUCUUCCCGAUCGCCGCCAAGGUUCGAAUAGCGAUAACCGAUUGAAAGAAGAAAAUGAUGAAGUGUCAAAAAGUAAGAAAGAGACAAGCGAUAUACUAGUUGAUGGAAUAUAUAGAGGUUAUGUUAGUAACUUGAAACCUUACGGUGCCUUCAUACGAUUGAACGACCCGAAAUCAUUUGUUUCAGGACUUUGUCAUGUUUCUCAAAUCUCAUUUGAUGGACAUCAAAGGAUAAAUAGCCCAGCCGAUGUGUUAAAGAUCAAUCAAGAAGUUUUUGUAAAGAUUAGAUCGAUCGAUAAGAAGGCGUUGACAGGAUCCAGGAAGAACACUAAAGAAAAGAUAAGUCUCACAAUGAGAGGCAUAGACCAAAUAACGGGCCUUGAUAGAACUUUAGAAUUAAAAGAUAAUAAUGAAAAUUCCAAAAGAGGUAGAGAGUUAAGUAUCUCUAGGGGCACUAAAAGGCGAUUUACUUCUCCUGAAAGAUGGGAAAUUCGCCAAUUAAUAUCUUCAGGUGCUGCGAAAGCUGAAGACUAUCCUGAAAUAUAUUUUGAUGAAGAUCCAAACUCUGCUUUUCGUCCGGAGAACAAAAGUAAUGGUCCUGAGGAAAUCGAUAUUGAUAUAGAGGUGAGCCAACGUGAGCCUCUUUUCUUGAAGGGUACGAGUAAAUCUUUAACUGAUCUCGCUCCUGUUAAAGUGAUGAAGAAUCCAGAGGGUUCAUUGGGAAGGUCAGCAAUGAACGGCUCGAAAUUGGCAAAAGAUUUCAAGGAGAAUAGUAUAAAAGAGAGGCAAAAGAGAGAAAGAGACGAAAAAUCGCGUGAAUCUAAUCGCAUAAGUACUCAUGAUCCAUUAAGUCAAGAACUGGUAUCAGAACAAAGUAGAAAUAAGGUAAUUUCAGAAUGGAAAAAAUCUAGAGCCAAUGAAAAUAUAUCUUACGGUAAAAAAACAAAUCUAUCUAUUGAAGAACAACGCAAAUCGUUACCUAUUUAUCUGAUGAGACAAGAUUUGAUUGAUAAAAUAAGAGAAAAUCAAUUUUUAGUUGUAGUUGGUGAAACAGGUUCCGGAAAAACCACACAAAUCGUACAAUAUUUAGACGAGGAGGGAUUGAACGUUGGAAAAGAUGGAAGAGUAAAGUUGAUUGGAUGCACACAACCUAGAAGAGUUGCGGCUACAUCCGUUGCGAAAAGAGUAUCAGAGGAGGUUGGAUGUAAGUUAGGUGAAGAAGUCGGCUACACAAUCAGAUUUGAAGACAGAACAGGACCGCAUACUCGCAUCAAAUAUAUGACUGAUGGUAUGCUUGAAAGAGAAGCACUUAAUGACCCACUUAUGAAUAAGUAUUCGAUUAUUAUGUUAGACGAAGCCCAUGAGAGAACAAUUUCCACAGAUAUACUUUUUUCUUUACUCAAGAAAGCAGCAGUUAAAAAUCCUGAUCUAAGAAUUAUAGUUACUUCGGCAACUCUAGAUGCUGAAAAGUUUUCAAAAUAUUUCAACUCUUGUCCAAUAGUGAAGAUUCCAGGAAGAACAUUUCCCGUGGAGAUUCUUUAUACUAGAGAACCAGAAAUGGACUAUCUUUCUGCCGCAUUAGACUCAGUCAUGCAGAUCCAUCUUUCUGAACCAGCGGGUGACAUUUUAGUUUUCUUAACGGGUCAAGAGGAAAUUGAUACCAGCUGUGAAAUAUUAUAUCAAAGGAUUAAAGCACUUGGAAAUAACGCGCCAGAACUUAUCAUCUUACCUGUAUACUCUGCUUUGCCUUCAGAAAUGCAAAGUCGAAUAUUUGAACCUACCCCUGCUGGUUCUAGAAAAGUGGUUUUGGCGACUAAUAUUGGAGAAACAUCUAUUACUAUUGAUGGAAUUUACUAUGUUGUUGAUCCCGGAUUUGUUAAACUCAAUGCCUAUGAUUCAAGGCUAGGGAUGGACACCUUGACUGUUUCGGCAAUUUCACAAGCUCAAGCUAAUCAGAGAAGUGGUAGAGCUGGAAGAACUGGCCCUGGAAGAUGUUAUCGACUUUAUACUGAAAAUGCUUUCAAAACUGAAAUGCUACCCAACUCCGUGCCUGAAAUUCAAAGGCAAAAUCUUUCACACACUAUUUUAAUGUUGAAAGCAAUGGGAAUCAAUGACCUAAUACGAUUUGACUUUAUGGACCCUCCUCCAACGAGUACAAUGUUAACUGCAUUACAAGAUCUAUAUACAUUAUCAGCAUUAGAUGAUAGUGGAUUUUUGACCAGCCUUGGAAGAAAAAUGGCAGAUUUCCCGAUGGAACCAGCGCUUUCAAAAAUGUUAAUUACUUCAGUUGAAUUUGGGUGUUCUGAAGAGAUUUUGACAAUAGUCGCUAUGCUCUCCGUACAGUCGGUAUUCUAUCGUCCAAAAGACAAACAAGAUCUAGCUGACAGACGCAAAGCGAGAUUCCAUCAUUCACAAGGCGAUCACUUAACGCUUUUAAAUGUUUAUAGGGCUUGGACAUUGAAUGGAUUUAGCAAGGAAUGGUGUCUGGACAACUUUAUUCAUGAAAGGGCAAUGAGAAGAGCUCAAGAAGUAAGACGACAGAUUACCACCAUAAUGCAGAAAUACAAGCACAUGCUAGUAUCAUGCGGGGCAGAUACAGACAGGGUACGUAAGACUAUAUGUUCUGCUUACUUCAAGCACGCUGCAAAAAGAGACCCUCAGGAAGGAUUCAAAACAAUUGUUGAGCAAUUGCCUGUUUCGUUGCACCCUUCGUCUUCGCUUUUCGGAAAAAAUCCCGAGUUCGUUGUAUACCAUUCGCUUAUUCUUACAACAAAAGAGUAUAUGCAUUGUGCUACAACUAUUGAACCUCGCUGGUUAGCAGAUUUUGCUCCUUCUUUCUUCAAAAUCGCCGAUCCUGCAACCGUCAGUCUGCGUAAUAAAAACAAAAAGAUAGUUCCUUUGUAUGAUAACUUUUCAAAAGAUAAAGACUCCUGGAGGCUCAGUAGCCAUAAUGCGGCAAAGAAGAGAGCCUUGGGUAAUGGUUGA